GUGUUAUCACCGACCUGUGAUAACAGCUGUAUCUAACACCGCGCCACGGUGCAGAAGGUCGGCCCAUCAUCAGUAUCAGCCACUACGACUUUGAGCCCUCCUCCAGACGCCCAGCCAUUGAUGUUCAGGGAGAGGACAUCGUCUCAGUGACAACCUGUUCUCCCCGAGGCCGUUCACCAGCAGCUGUAGCAAGGAUGAGGAAUCUCAUUCUCUUCCCUCUUCUUCUCCAUCUCACCACGGCAGUUAUUGACAGCACCGUCUGCUCAACACCAGGAACCCAGGCAAACAAUAUACCCCGGCCAACUGUUCCCUCGACAUUCGAAGUACACGUAGAGUGCAUCAUCGUCAACAAGAACAGGUCCACUGAGGUGCAUGAGUACUUCCAAGAGUCCGCCAAAUAUGCAGCGGUCCACCAGACCUUAUUGGGAGGCCAUUUCUAUGGCUACUUCGACUACUCAGACAACGAGUUCCUGGGGAUAGACCCAGAUGCAAAAACGUGUCAGGUGUCAGACCUGAGCACAUCAGGUCAGAGGUUCCUUUUCGGUGUCAACGUCACCGGGGGCGGCAACAGGAUCUACUCCGCCGCAGGCGCCCUCCACUUCGGCAGCGGCAGCGUGGAGGUGUACAGUGGGACGGACACGGUCCGGGGCAUCAACGUGCAGAAAUGGUACUCAUGUCAAUACUGGGCCGGCAUGGACGCCACCAUGAACGUCACGUGGUACUUCUCAGACCCUCACGAGUGGGACAUGGCCCUCAAUAUCCCCAGCAUCCCGGUCAGGGCGUGGGUCAAGGGGACGCGGGGGGCCUCCGCAGACGGACCAGCGCACCCCUUCGAACACAUCUACGACCUCAUACACUUCAAGAACUACAUCGAAAAAUCCGACGCAUUUGAAACACCGAGUUUAGUGUCAUGUCCGGGCCGGAAGUUGACAAAGCCGUUUCCCGCCAUCUCCACAGCAUUUUCCUUCACUGCGGAAAUCAUCGACACUGUACGGGCCGACGUCCGAUUCAUGCAGGAGUAUUACGACGACCAGAUGAAGCUGGUGAAGUAUGUGUACACUCCCGCCGUGUCCAGCAGCAACGGUCAGUUCGGAUAUCAGCCUCUAACAGAAAUUCAUGAUUUCAAUACCGGCAUGGCGUAUAUAACUGACAACCAGCGAGGAAACUGUACGUGGCAGCUGAUCGAGCAAAACAACUUUGACGACGUCGACAGCGACCCCUUCAACGUGCGCAUCAAGACGGCCAAGCAGUUCUUUCAUAUGGACGCAUCGGGUGUGACAUACGAGGGUAUUAAACUCUCCCGGGGCAUCAGAACAGACACAUAUGUCGGUCGUCGAACUGAUUUCCCUGCUGCAAACCCCCUGAACUCGACGUUCGAGUGGCAUUUCCUCACGAGUGACUACCAGACCAUGCAGCAGAAGACCGCGAUGUAUACUGGCGGCGUGCCAGUGCAGCUCCGCUUAUCCAUGCCUUCGUACGACAUCGACUACACGUACAACAUCUACAACUACGUGCAAUCGAAGGCCAACCUGCUCAACUGGGACAUCAGUGCUUGUUACGGUAACCUGGAUCGGAGGAAGUUCGACUUCACUGUCCCAGGAACCUAUGCCAACCAUAUUGACGACAACCGAGAACUAUUCCGCUAUUCCAUCUUGCUGUCCCUGAUGUCCUAUCUCGCCGUUUCCCCACUCAGAAUUGCACAUCUCAGGCUUGUGUUUCAAACUGAUGUGCACAUUCGGUUUGAGCUGCUGGACAUCGCGCCAAUGAUCGGUAACGUCAAAACCAACGUGACGGAGACUCCCCUGAAGCUGGCUGCUAGCCUCCUCGUUGACGCCAUCAACACCAACAAGUUCGUCAUCCCUCUCGACUACGACAAACUGUCGGACGUCUCCAGUGUUGUGGCCACGCCCAAUUCCAUCCGAGAGUACACCUAUGAGGAUGAGUUGGCGCCUCCCGUUGAGGAAUAUACCCCGGGUGCGAUGGGCGGCCUGGCUAUCGGAAUGAUAAUACUUGGAGGAGGCGGAGGGGCGGGGCUAUCCUAUCUCUUCUUCAAGUGAGAAUAUGGAGAAGUAAACGCGCUUCACAGACAUGUCAGAUUCUCUUCAGGUAUUUCAUCUUUCAAGCACCAACGUUUUCCACAUUCCAAAGGUGCUAAAGUUUUCUACAAUCUCACCCUAACACACCAGGUGCCCAUAUUUGAAUGGGAGGACAGCAGGGUAGACCUUUCGAGAAGCUCGCGUUCAUUGGGUGAAUGUGUCCAAAUUAGAAAUGCAAUAAUAUGUCAGUACAUCGCUUCACGGUGCAAAUUCUACCCAACUCAAUACUCGGUACAUGUAUGUUAAUAUUGUAAAAGAAUAAACAUCUCUUAUUGGA